UGUUAUAUCAUGUUGUACCUGUUUCUUUUGUGCUUGCUGAACACCGCAGAAUAUGGAGGGACUAUGGAGUCAACACCAUGUGAAGACAUCUAUAAGACUGCAGAGUGUAUUGAAUUGAAGUCUAAAGGGUUCUGUAAUAAUCCUCAAACACAAAAAUACGUGAGACAGAAAUGCCCAGCAACGUGUGGAGUUUGCCAGAGAGCGCACGAUUGUGUUGAUCUGAACGAUAACUGUGAGGAUUGGAGAAGGAUAGGACUCUGCAGCCAGACCCAGCUCACUUCCUACGAGGGGAUCAUAGCCAAGGAGUGCAGGAAGACUUGCUCGUUGUGUGAGGAGGACGAACCUUGUCAGGAUCUUUUUACGGCCGUUCAGUGCAAGAGAUUGGUAGAAAUGGGAUACUGUGAGACACACGAGUAUCUAAUGAGCAAACAAUGCGCGGAUUCCUGUAAAUUCUGCCAGCACCGGGAGAUACAGAUAACACGAACUAUUGGAUGGAACGAGUGGGGGGCCUGGUCUAUUUGUGAUGUUGUUUGUGGGGAGGGUGUCAGAUACAGAUCAAGAAGGUGUCAAGAAGGACCAUGCUUUGGCGUUGUCACCCAAUCUGGACCAUGUAUCGUAGAAAAUUGCCCUAAAGCGAUCUGCCAAGGCGAGAAGGAGGACUACUGUCCUUUCCUAGAGGAACUGGGCUACUGUUCUCGACCUGACAGCACUAGAUUCAUGGCUAACUACUGCUCCAUCUCGUGUGGGAUCUGUGAAAAUGUUGUGCAGGGUUCAGAGAGCGGGGUUGUGACGUCACGGUACAAGUUGUGUGUGGAGAGAGCGCUAAACAGGGUCAUCUCUACUUCUCUUGACACUCUCGAGAGAUUCAACGUCGACAAUGAGUUCAAAGAAGGAGUAAUUGAAGAGAACCGCCUACCACUAUCAGCUCAGGCCAGUCUCCGGAAAUUAUCAAGACAAGGUCGAGCACUGACCAUUCAGGAUAGACUCUUCAAUGAUAUCGUGGACAGAACCAACAACUUAUGUGGGGUGGAGACACCCGGAACUCGGGGAUAUAUUGAGUCAAAACUGUUAGAAUCGAAGGUGAUUGAAAUUUCAAGAAUAGAUUGCUCAGCGGUAUGUACAGGACGUAAUGUCGGUGAAGUAUAUCGAACGAUAAAUGGAACGUGUAACAACUGUGGUAACCCUCUCUGGGGCUCCAGUACCACGACAGUUCUCCGAGUACUGGAAGCGGAGUACGAGGAUACGGAGAAGUCACUGCCGCGCGGCUGGGCACAACACGCUCCGGAACUUCAAGCUGUUCCAGAGGACCUCCUUGUACCAUCAGCUAGACUGGUCAGUCAAAUGUUGUUAGAUGAUAGUGAGAUCAGGGACACACGGUUAACACUCAUGCACUUCCAAUGGGGACAAUUUCUAGAUCAUGAUCUUACCCUGAUCCCUGAAAGUGCGGAGGCAGGAGGGAGUGUGAAAUGUGAGAAGGAGUGCUCCAACACCCAUCCCUGUUUCCCGAUACGACUUGCAGCUUCUGAUCCUAUAACAAAUAUGACUGACGGUGUAAGGAAUUGUCUCCCUUUUACACGCUCGGCCGGGAUAAAGUUCAAUUUAGAUGGAGCUUACCGAUCCUCAAAUCAGAUAAAUGAAGUGACUGCCUUCAUAGAUGCAUCCAAUGUCUAUGGAAGCUCUGGUUUCCUAGGACUUCUUCUGAAGGGUGAAAAUGGAAAUAUGAGAGUUGGCGAACCUUGCGGGCAGGCCGAUGAAGGACCCAUGUUACCCGAUUGCCCAAAAACGACAGCGACCCAUUUCUGUGCCUGUGCCAUUGAGGCCUGUCCCGAGAAGUAUAUAGCUGGAGACACCAGAGUGAAUGAACAACCAAUGCUCACUCUGAUGCAUACUCUCUGGGUCAGGGAACAUAACCGGAUUGCAGAACAGCUGAGAAGGAUCAACAAGUGUUGGGAUGCAGAGAAAGUGUUCCAGGAAACCCGGAAGAUUGUGAUAGCCAUGAUGCAACACAUCACGUACCGACUCUAUCUCCCAGUGCUUCUAGGCCCUGCUGGAUUCCAAAGCUACAUAGGAUUUGAAUCUUUAUACGACUCAAAAGUGCAGUCUGGGAUACUCAACUCAUUCAGCACGGCGGCUUUUAGAUUCGGCCACUCACAGAUCCCCUCAAAAAUACCUCUAGUGGACUCUGACUGGAAUAUGGUGCAAGAAGAGCGGCUACAAGAUGCGUUCUUCAGAGCCAGUAUGGUGUGCGGGUGUGGGUUCGACAACAUUCUCCGGGGUAUCUUACACACCCCUGUUAAUGAGGUAGACCCUCACUUCUCUGACUCGGUACUAAACCACCUGUUUGCUCCACAUCAUCACUCCAUGGGACUAGACCUGACCAGCAUCAACGUACAGCGAGGCAGGGAUCACGGGAUACCACCCUAUAUCCAAUACAAGAACUACUGUGAACAAAAGUACAAAGUACAGGCUAAAUUCAGGAAUAACGAGGAGACUGUAAGUCGAAUCAAGCUUGUUUACGGUGAUGUGAGCAAACUGGAUCUCUUUAUAGGCGGUAUCCUGGAGGAGCCUGUAAACGAUGGUCUGUUGGGUCCAACUUUCUCUUGUAUUAUUGGUGAGCAGUUUAAAAACUUGCGGGAAGGAGACAGGUUGUUCUACAGUCACGAAGGUGUUUUCACAAAGGAUCAGCUGAAAGAGCUUUACAAAUCUUCUCUGAGCGCUGUGUCUUGCGAUAAUUCUGUUUCGGUAGAUGAAGUGCCACGAAGGGCGUUCAUCAAGCAGGAUCCUAAAGAUUAUGUGGAGUGCAGCUCGUUGCCAAAAAUGAACUUUGAGAAGUGGCGUGAUAACGAUUGCUCUAACGAGGCAUAAAAGGUUCGUGGUAAAAACAUACGUAGCAACAAUUUUUUGAUAAGUUGACCUUUUAACUAUGGAAUAUCAACAAUUUAAUUAAUUUAAAAUCUUGUUAAUGUUAUUGAACGAUAAAAUUACUCACAA